UCGCAUGUCCGACCGCAUCCAUCGCAUAGCCCAGUGUGUAUUAUCAGUCGGCCCGUGGCGCACCUAGACAAGCAAGAUCGACACCGAAGAUGUCCACUCUGGAGAACGAGGUGACCUUCCGUAAGCAAACGGAGGUGAGUCAGAACUUGGAGGCGCAAUUCCAUAGUUCCUCUACGGAUUUUAUUCUGAUGACCGAUCAUCGGACGUCAAAGUACAAGAGUAUGGAACAACUGGAGGCCAUCAAGCAGGAGAAAGAGGCUUCUUCAACAUCCUGCUGUACGCGCUUUGUCAAGAAUAUCUGUCGCAAGAAGACACUGAAGAAACGUUUGCCAUUUUUGACCUGGUUGCCGCAUUAUAAUAGAAAAGAUUGUAUUGGCGAUAUAAUGGCAGGAUUCACUGUAGGUCUAACAGUCAUACCCCAGGGUUUGGCCUAUUCCGGAGUGGUGGGUCUGCCGCCGGAGUAUGGUCUCUAUGGCGCCUUCAUGGGUUGCUUUGUAUAUGUCCUCCUCGGAACCUGCAAGGAUAGCACAAUCGGUAGCACAGCUGUGGCCUCGCUGAUGACCUUUCAAUUUGCUCAGGGCUCGUGGCAGCGUUCUGUUCUGCUGACUUUUCUCACGGGCAUCAUCGAGAUCAUUAUGGCCAUCUUUAAGUUGGGUUGUCUAGUGGAAUUUGUGUCCGGUCCCGUGAGUGCCGGAUUUACCAGUGCUGUGGCCUUAAUUGUGUCCACAUCUCAGAUGCGCUCAAUGCUGGGAGUGAAAAGUGAGGGUGACUCAUUUCUACAGACUUGGAUUAGCAUGUUCCGUGAUAUAGAGAAUAUACGAGUGGCCGACACUUGUUUGGGAUUCGGUUGCGUUUUCCUACUCCUGGCUAUGCGCAGCUUUAGUAGAAUAAAGAUCGGACCCGAAGACAAUGCCCAACGUAGCCGCUGCCAGAGGAUAGUAAAUGCUUUCAUCAAGUUUCUGGGCACUUCCCGGAAUGCUUCUGUAGUCAUUAUUUUCACUUUGAUUACCAUGUACUUGGAUGGGAAUGGUAUGAAUCCAUUCCGUCUGACAGGACAUAUACCCAAGGGUAUGCCAUCACCUUCCCUGCCGCCGUUUUCGAUUGAGCCCCAGCCUGGGAAUAUCACGGCGGGAAUACCGCCAGUGGAGGGUCAGAAUUUCCUGGAGAUGGUCCAGAGCAUGGGCUAUGGCCUCAUUAUCAUACCCAUUAUGGCGCUACUGGAAACAAUGUCGGUGUGCAAAGCCUUCUCCAAGGGCAAACAAAUCGAUAUCACCCAAGAGAUGAUUGCCUGCGGAGUAGGCAACAUUGCCACAUCCCUAUUCUCCGGUUAUCGCUGCAACGGUGGACUGGCUCGUUCAGCUGUUAAUAAUGCCAGCGGAUGCCGCACAAAUAUGUCGAAUUUCUACAUUGGCAUCAUUGUCGUGUUGGCCCUCAAUUUCCUCACCGAAUACUUUGCCUUUAUACCCAAGGCUGUGCUGGCUGCCAUCAUCAUAUCGGCAGUCAUUUUCCAAGUUCAGUAUCAGAUCGUCACGCCCAUGUGGCGUAGUAAACGAUCCGAUUUAGUGCCUGGCAUAUUUGCUUUCAUCUGCUGUCUUGUAAUGCCCUUGGAAAUUGGCAUCACUGUGGCCAUUGGAGUCAACCUGCUCUUCAUAUUAUAUCACUCGGCAAGGCCAAAGAUCACAUUGGAACAACUGGAGACAGUGCAGGGAAUUAAGUUCGUCAAAAUCACACCCGAUCGUUGUUUAAUCUUUCCCUCCGUUGAGUUUGUUCGCAACAUGAUCCUAAAAUCGGGCAGCAAGUCAACUCUUCCAGUGGUGAUUGACUGCACCUACAUCUAUGCAGCUGAUUUUACAGCUGCCAAAGUGAUUUCAUCGAUUGUCGAUGACUUCCGUAGAAGGAAUCAAAAGAUCAUAUUCUUUAAUUUGAAGCCAAGUGUGGUCAGCAUUUUCGAGGGUCUGAACACCAGGCUUGUUCUCUGCUACAACACACAUGCUCUGAAUCAGGAGCUCCAGGAUGAGAGUUUCACACGUUCGGUGGACUCACUGAAUCGAGCUGAAGGAGGCACCAGCGAGUGUGUCAGCAUGGCCAGCACACUCUCAUUGGCUAAAAGUUGAACUUAAUCUUUAAUAUUUACCGAUAUUUAUUCAAUAAAAAAAU